GCACAGUCAAGUGGAAACCAACCCCAUCAGAAUCCAUAUAUCACCCAAACAUCAACAAAACCAAAACCAAAUCAAAAGAUACCAAAACAUCAUGUCUCUCUCCUCAAAAAAGACCAUCACCGAUAUCUCAGAUUCCGAAAUCUCAGGAAAGAAAGUAUUAAUCCGAGUAGAUUUCAAUGUACCACAAGACAAAACUACCGGAGCUAUUACGAACAAUGCAAGAAUUGUAGCUGCCUUACCUACUAUUAAAUAUGUUUUAGAAAAGAAAGCUAAAUCGGUAGUCUUAAUGAGUCAUCUUGGUAGACCUAAUGGGUCUCCUAAUAAGAAGUAUACUCUUAAACCUGUGGCUGAUGAACUUCAAAAGUUAUUAGGAACCGAUGUUAAGUUUUUACAUGAUUGUGUUGGUGCAUCAGUCGAGAAAGAAGUCUCAUCCGCUUCGAACGGUCAAGUGAUUUUACUCGAGAAUCUUCGAUUCCAUAUUGAAGAAGAAGGUUCAUCCAAAGAUGAAGCUACAGGUCAAAAGACUAAAGCAUCAACAGAAGACGUCACCGCCUUCCGUACCUCUUUGACCAAACUCGGAGACCUUUAUAUCAAUGAUGCAUUCGGUACCGCUCACCGAGCUCAUGCAUCUGUGGUCGGAUUUCAAGGAGAACCGAGGGUGGCUGGGUUCUUGAUGAAGAAAGAAUUAGAAUUCUUUAGUAAGGUCUUAGAGAAGCCUGAUGUACCGUUCUUGGCCAUCUUAGGUGGUGCUAAAGUCUCAGACAAGAUUCAAUUGAUUGAGAACUUACUUGACAAGGUUAACAAAUUGAUCGUAUGUGGUGGUAUGGCAUUCACCUUUAAAAAAAUCUUAAAUUCAGUAGAGAUUGGAAAAUCUUUAUUUGAUGAAGAUGGAUCCAAGAAAGUUAAAGAUUUAGUUGAAAAGGCUAAAAAGAAUAAUGUUGAAUUAAUCUUUCCUUCAGAUUAUGUUGUAGCCGAUAAAUUUGAUAAAGAUGCUACUACUAAGAUUUCAACUGAUGCUGAAGGUAUUCCAACUGAAUGGAUGGGAUUGGAUGCGGGUCCAAAGAGUCGUGAAGAUUUCAAGGCGGCUAUUUUGAGCUCAAAAACUAUUCUAUGGAAUGGACCAGCAGGUGUAUUUGAAUUUGAUAAAUUUGCUGAAGGUUCUAAAGCCAUGCUUGAUGCUUGUAUCGAAGCUUGUCAAAAAGGUUCUACUGUCAUUGUAGGUGGUGGAGACACUGCUACAGUCUGUAAGAAAUACGGCGCUGAAGAUAAGCUAUCACAUGUCAGUACAGGUGGAGGUGCAAGUUUAGAAUUACUUGAGGGAAAGAACCUUCCGGGUGUUGCAAACUUAAGUGAGAAAAAAUAAAACUUGCUGUGCAUAUAUCAUCAUUUUUCUAACAAUCUUGAUCCUCAAUGAGCUGUUUGUUUGUGAAACCAUCACAUUUGUGAAAGGAGAAAAAAAGGGAAAAAAGAAAAUCGCAAAGUAGAAUGUAAACUUCAGUUGGGCGUCUCAAACUGUAUGUCUGUGAUAUUUCUGUGUGUAUGAAAUGAUAAAGCUUCUUAUAUCGAUUGGUUGAGAAUGUAAAAUGUUGAAAAGAUCUUGAUGUGUGU